AUGAGCUUCCCACAGCCUUUAGGAUGCCCAGGUCAAACCACAGUGAUGUCCAUCCCAGAGGGAGAACACCCCCUGUCACCUUGGACUGGAUCGAUGGCAAAAAUGUCAAACUACUCAGAGUGGCCAACCACAAAGAGGCUUUCAGGGUUGGUGGUUCAUGUGUUGCAUGUUUUGUCACAAUAUUGUUUUGAACGUUCGUCUUGAACUGAUGCCCGAUUGAGCAUUCUACUUAAUGCAUCGUCAGUGAGCGCUGAUUAAGAUUUCAUCAAAAGUGCAUUACAGUGGCUUGGAAAUACAAUGACAUUCAAAAUGAGGCAAAUAAUUAGCAGGAAAACCUUUUGUCAUUUUGAUGUCACCAGAUUGACUUUAGAUGCAGUAUAACGUUAGCUAGCUAAGAUUGAGGGGAGGCCACCGGAUUUUAGCUAGCUAACGUUAGCAUUGCUAGCUAUUAGUGAUUACAUUUGCUAGCAAAUGACAACAUUGCCAUCUGUCUAAAGUAAAUGUGACGACAUGAUAAUGCUGGCAAAGUUAUUUCUUACUAAAUAUGACUACUUAAGCAAUGUCAUCAUCUUUCCAGGCACUCUAGUGUAAUUGAGACGAAACAGUAGUUAAACCCAGUCAUCCUGGAUGGAGGCUAUCACCACUUUAGGGCACCACUAUGAUGCUGCCGAUAGAGGUCGGAUUGAGAACGCUCAUGACAAUGGUAUGAGGCAACCGAGUGACAGAGGUGCAACCGAUGAAUACCUAGAUAGCACAUUUGGUUCCUUGGAAGUUGUGGGAACAUGUGUUUUAUAAGCAGUAUAUAUCAGUACAGUAGGGUUUAGUACCUGUGGUGAUGUAGUAGUAAUAAGUAUAUUAGUUCAGGACCGUAUAGUACCUCUUAGGCAAUAUACAGAGUAGUGUAUACACUGAGUAUACCAAACAUUAGGAACACCUUCCUAAUAUUGAGUUGCACCCCCCCUUUCGACCUCAGAACAGCCUCAAUUAGUUGGGGCAUGGACUCAACAAGGUGUCGAAAGUGUUCAACAAAAAUGAUGGCCCAUGUUGACUCCAAUGCUUCCCACAGUUGUGUCAAGUUGGCUGGAUGUCCUUUGGGUGGUGGACCAUUCUUGAAACAGGAGACUGUUGAGCGUGAAAAACCCAGCAGAGUUGCAGUUCUUGACACACUCAAACCGGUGCGCCUGGCACCUACUACCAUACCCCGUUCAAAGGCACAUCAAUCUUUUGUCUUACCCAUUCACGCUCUGAAUGGCACACAUACAGUGGGGGAAAAAAGUAUUUAGUCAGCCACCAAUUGUGCAAGUUCUCCCACUUAAAAAGAUGAGAGAGGCCUGUAAUUUUCAUCAUAGGUACACGUCAACUAUGACAGACAAAUUGAGGAAAAAAAAUCCAGAAAAUCACAUUGUAGGAUUUUUAAUGAAUUUAUUUGCAAAUUAUGGUGGAAAAUAAGUAUUUGGUCACCUACAAACAAGCAAGAUUUCUGGCUCUCACAGACCUGUAACUUCUUCUUUAAGAGGCUCCUCUGUCCUCCACUCGUUACCUGUAUUAAUGGCACCUGUUUGAACUUGUUAUCAGUAUAAAAGACACCUGUCCACAACCUCAAACAGUCACACUCCAAACUCCACUAUGGCCAAGACCAAAGAGCUGUCAAAGGACACCAGAAACACAAUUGUAGACCUGCACCAGGCUGGGAAGACUGAAUCUGCAAUAGGUAAGCAGCUUGGUUUGAAGAAAUCAACUGUGGGAGCAAUUAUUAGGAAAUGGAAGAUCUGGGGCUCCACGCAAGAUCUCACCCCGUGGGGUCAAAAUGAUCACAAGAACGGUGAGCAAAAAUCCCAGAACCACACGGGGGGACCUAGUGAAUGACCAGCAGAUAGCUGGGACCAAAGUCUACCAUCAGUAACACACUACGCCGCCAGGGACUCAAAUCCUGCAGUGCCAGACGUGUCCCCCUGCUUAAGCCAGUACAUGUCCAGGCCCGUCUGAAGUUUGCUAGAGUGCAUAUGGAUGAUCCAGAAGAGGAUUGGGAGAAUGUCAUAUGGUCAGAUGAAACCAAAAUAUAUCUUUUUGGUAAAAUCUCAACUCGUUGUGUUUGGAGGACAAAGAAUGCUGAGUUGCAUCCAAAGAACACCAUACCUACUGUGAAGCAUGGGGGUGGAAACAUCAUGCUUUGGGGCUGUUUUUCUGCAAAGGGACCAGGACGACUGAUCCGUGUAAAGGAAAGAAUGAAUGGGGCCAUGUAUCGUGAGAUUUUGAGUGAAAACCUCCUUCCAUCAGCAAGGGCAUUGAAGAUGAAACGUGGCUGGGUCUUUCAGCAUGACAAUGAUCCCAAACACACCGCCCGGGCAACGAAGGAGUGGCUUCGUAAGAAGCAUUUCAAGGUCCUGGAGUGGCCUAGCCAGUCUCCAGAUCUCAACCCCAUAGAAAAUCUUUGGAGGGAGUUGAAAGUCCGUGUUGCCCAGCGACAGCCCCAAAACAUCACUGCUCUAGAGGAGAUCUGCAUGGAGGAAUGGGCCAAAAUACCAGCAACAGUGUGUGAAAACCUUGUGAAGACUUACAGAAAACGUUUGACCUGUGUCAUUGCCAACAAAGGGUAUAUAACAAAGUAUUGAGAAACUUUUGUUAUUGACCAAAUACUUAUUUUUCACCAUAAUUUGCAAAUAAAUUCAUUAAAAAUCCUACAAUGUGAUUUUCUGGAUUUUUUUUCUCAUUUUGUCUGUCAUAGUUGACGUGUACCUAUGAUGAAAAUUACAGGCCUCUCUCAUCUUUUUAAGUGGGAGAACUUGCACAAUUGGUGGCUGACUAAAUACUUUUUUUCCCCACUGUAGGUUAUUUUGAGAUUUUUUAAUAACUUCCUUAAUUUUCACUGAUAGGACACAUGAAAUUCAUUAGGCAUUAAUCAUGCAAACACAUUUAUUUUUCAUUGUGACACGGCAUCAGUGUGAUUCAAACCUAUGAUUUUCUGUUCUGUUCUCUAGCCAUGGAAUUAAGUCCACUGCGCCACCAGGAUGGAGCUACUGUACCUUGCCAUGUUUUUUACGCAUACAAAACUGUUCAUUUUAGUCUAUUCAAACAGACCCCAUUUCAAAGCACAAUUAGUGUGUGCGGCAAACACAUUUGAACACACUUAACAAGCCAGAGGAUAGAGAAAGUUUUGUUGAUGCUUAGAACGGAAUGUAUAUGUUUUUAAAUAACAUUCUUAGAACAUUCUCUGAACAUUAAAGUUUUAUUGUGUUUUUUAUAGAAAGUUUUCCUCAUAUUCUGAGAAUGGAAUUUAGAGCUUAUUGAUGUUAAUGUGUACAAUUCAGUGGAGGCUGCCUAGGGGAGAAUGGCUAAUAAUAAUGCCUGGAACGGAGAAAAUGGAAUGGCAUCAAACACCUGGAAACCAUAGCUGUGAUCGAAUACUCAUACUAACUGUACUAUUUGUGACGUAAAUUGUGUUUGUAGUAUGCUUAAUGGUCAUAGUAUGGAUUUAGUUAGUAUGCCAAAAGUUCCCGGAUGUCGUACUAAAUUAGCCAAAAUACGAAGUAUACAAGCAGUGGACACUAUUUCCGUGCUUUUAAUGCAAUUCUUCAGAAAAUGUGCGUGGCUUCACAACGUUUUCAGAUUUGAAGAAAAUGGCAGAAAAUAUGCAGCCGAAGUCUGACGAGAGUGGAUACAAAUUCAUUGCUUUAACUAGUUAUGACAAAUGUUAAGAAAAUGUUGAACAAUGUAAUAAAGUAAUGUAAGUUAGGUUACACGUUAUGUUGGCUGACAAUUUGUUAGCUAAGCUAUCUUUACGAACCACAUAGCAUUACAACAGUAUGUACCGGUAUGUUAGCUGGCUACUAUUACCUAACGUUAGUUGGCUACUAAUACAUCAAACUUGCCAGGCAGUAUAUUACCUAUAAUCGAACUAACUACCCAACGUUUAUUGACUUGAUUAUUCACGUCAUUCUUAGCUAAGUGGUAUAGUCAUUGUGCGUUCUCAAUGGACAUUGUUCAUUCUGUCUAUCUACUCCAAUUUCAGAGCACUCUCGUCUGAGUGUGCCAGAGCGCAGAAUAACUGAUGAAUUUCCUAACGCUCAACACCCGUUGAAUAUAUGGCUGGUGUCAGUAAACGUCGGCAUAAAAAAGCGGAAUUAAAUUGUUGCCAGCAGCACAGUUACAGUCACCAACGCUCUGGAUAACAUGAAAACAGCCUAACCAGCUCUGCUAGGGCGAGUAAAAUGGUCAGAGUGAGGUGUUCUUUCAUUUGUGACUGGAAAUAGCUAGAAAGCUAGCCAGUUAGCUUGGGUGCUUGACUGCCAUCCGAGAGCGAAACACUCUGAAUUUACUGAGCUCUCCAGAUUUAAUUUACGAACACACCCAAAAUCGUAAAAUGUCUAGCUAGUCAUUUGUUAUGUUAACAAGCUAGCAAGAGGUUGCAUAGCAACAGCAUCAACUUCUGGUAGACAGGCGAAGCGCUAGUACACUCAAAUGAAAGGAUACCGUUUGUUUACAGUAUACUAAAAUGAACUAAUAGUAUGUAGUAUAUACUCAUUAAGUAUGUAGUAUAUAGUAUGUUAAUAUGGGUAUUCGAACACAGCUCAUGUGUUUGAUGUAUUUGAUACCAUUCCACUGAUUCCGCUCCAGUCAUUACCACGAGCCUGUUCUCCCCAAUUAAGGUGCCACCAACCUCCGUUCUCUGAACGUUCUGAGAAUAUCACUUAAAUUACCAUUUUUGAGAACUUAACCAGAAAAUUGUAAAAAUGACAAAUAGAACCACAUGGGAACUUGAGUUUCUGUUUCUUAACAUUCUUGGAACCAUUUGAGAAUAUUACUUUAAAUAGAACCAUGAGGAAACCUAUAGGAAACGUUAUGCUGAACUACUGAAAUUCCCACAGAAGAACGUUGUUUCUUAAUAUUCUCUGAACUAUUUAAGAACAUUCCCAAUGUCAAAACAGUUGGAGAACGUUUCUAGAACAUUACCAAAGUGUAAAUGAAAUGUAACCAUGUUUGAACUUUUAGGAAACGUUCUGUUAAAAUAAUGAAAUACCAAGAAAAUUAUGUUUCUUUGUCAAGUUCCUUAAAUGUGCUGAGAAUGUUCCUAAGUCAAGAAACUAUCCUGCACCAUUCCCAGAAAGUUGGAAGGUUGUAUGCAAAAUAUCCUUAGGGCAAGUACGCUCUCACCAAGCUCUAAGAAUUAUAUGGUUCUCAGAACGUUAUGUGCUUGCUGGGUACAGACCCCUGAAUGGGUUAGGCAGAUAGCAUAGACUUAAAACAACAAGGUGGUUGAAAAGGUGCAUAGGGGGCCUCCCAAGUGGUUGAGCGGUGCUUCCGCUGACACAUUGGUGCAGCUGGCUUCCGGGUUAAGCGGGCAGGUGUUAAGAAGGGCGGUUACGCGGGUCAUGUUUCGGAGGAUGCAUGACUUGACCCUUGCCUCUCCCGAGUCCGUUGGGGAGUUGCAGCGAUGACACAAGAUCGUAAUUGGAUCACAAUUGGAGAGAAAAAUGGGGUAAUAAAAUACAAAUCUAAAAACAUUUUAAUGGUGCAUAGGCCUAUGUAAAAGUGUAUUUUCAGAGGGGGGAUAUGCUCACUGGUAUGUGUCUCUGUCAGUUUGAGAAGCUGAACCAGGCCCUCAGCAGCAUGGAAAGUCUCCACAAGAACUGCUGGCUACGGGAGGAGAGGAGGGUCAAACAGAACCUGAGGAGGCUAACUAGCGUGUCUCCUACUUUCAGAAGCCAAACUCUAUUCCAGGUAAUAUGGUGUGUGCUAAUAUACUGUGAGUAGUGCAGAAUUAAAUGUUCAUUGGACUGAGUAUGAUGAUUUUGAGUAUGUGCCUCUCUCCCCUCCAGAGGCCUAGUGAUAACAGCAGGGCUGAGCUUAGUGGAGGGGGCAGCAGGGUACAGCUCCUCGCCUGCCCCCCGUCCCAUGCCAGCCGAGAGGACUGCUCUCUCAACAGCCCUCUGUUCAGGAUCCCCCAGAGCACCGCAGCCCCCUCCCCACGACCCAGCCACAGAAGUCAGUACACUGAAGUACCUGUGUCUGUAGAACAAAACACAGAAAUAACAACACACUUUUCCUACUUACCGUAAUUAAUGCCAUACAAUCUGAAAUAGUAGCUGGUGUAAUAGAGUUAAAUAACUAGUGUAAUAAUCUCUGGUCAUCUCUGCACCUCUCUCCAGGUCUGACCCUCCCUCUGACCAUCAACGGGGACACCAUGUCCCCCCACCAUCUGUGGCCUAGAGACACCCUGUCAGAGACCUCCUCCUCCUCAAGGGGGGGUAUGCGUUAUGGGGGUCUGACCCCGCGGCCCAGCCAGCACCCUAGUACCCUGAGCCUGACCCCCCUGGAUGGCAUCACUACGCUCCUGCUCCCCACCCCCAGCCUGCUGGCCCUGCUGCCCCCCCAGCCGUCCCCAGAGCUCCAUGGGCUGCAGGAGGCUGUGCUGGGCUUCCCUCUGCUGCAGAAGAGGGUGAGGGAGCUGAUCGCCCGGGCUAGGGCCACUGAACAGGAGAGACAGGACCGACGCAACCUCACACUACGCCCCCUGGAGGCCCUGCGCUGCAGGUGAGCACAGAUACAUACAGUAUAUUACAGGGUUUUUUUUAUCACUUUGGUGCAAUAUGUGGUCAAUCCCAACUCUUAGUAGAAAACUCAAAACAGAUAAUCAUAAAGGCACUUGUUUCAAAACUCUAAGCACAUUUUCAGUUGAUUAAGUAGUAUUUCUGUAAGCCCUUUUGUGGGGAAAAACUCAUUCUGAUUGGCUGGCUCUUGCUCCCCAGUGGGUCAGCCUAUGCCCUACCAGGCCCCACCCAUGGCUGCACCCCUGCCCAGUCAUGUGAAAUCCAUAGAUUAGGUCCUAAUGAAUUUAUUUCAAUUGACUGAUUUCCUUACAUGAACUGUAACUCAGCAAAAUCUUUGAAAUUGUUGCAUGUUGCGUUUAUAAUUUUGUUCAGUAUAUACUUGAAUGUACUACUAUGAUGAUGACUAUUAUGAUUUUACUUCUCAGUAAGUGAAGAUCUGAGAUGUACUAUAUGUAACAAAUCAAAUCAACGUUUAUUGGUCGCGUACACAGAUUAGCAGAUGUUACAGCAGGUGCAGCGAAAUGCUUGUGUUUCUACUUCAUACAGUGCAGUAAUACAAUAUCAAUACCAAUAUGCUAUGCAAAUAAUCCAGAAAGUCCAAAAUAAGAAAGAAAUGCAUCCCGUAUACAGUAAAUGAAAUAUGUAUCCAAAAUUAAGUUGCUGGGGUCUUUCUGAUGGGGGGUACAAUACAAUACUGUAGUACAAUAUGAAGUACAAUACAAUACUGUAAAAUACAAUACACGAUUACAGUAAAGGUGGAAGAUGUAUGAUUGCCAUUCCCAUGAGCGUACCACCCUCAUUCAGGCCAUGGAUGAGGCAUGCAAUGAUUUCAACCCAGACCUAUGUCAGGCUUGGAUUCGCCAUGCCAAAAGGUUUUUCCCCAGCUGCAUGAACAAUGGGGAUAUUUACUGCAAUUUCCAUGAGAACAUAUAGCCAAAUGCUCAAGACAGGCUUGAUGCAAACUAGUGCCUGCUAAACAUUGUUUCUUUCAUUUAUUUCUUUUGAUUACAUUGUGAAAGAUACAGUGCAUUCGUAAAGUAUUCAGACGUGUUGACUUUUUCCACAUUUUGUUACGUUACAGCCUUAUUCUGAAAUAGAUUAAAAGAAAUACCUUGUUUACAUAAGUGUUCAGACCCUUUGCUAUGAGACUUGAAAUUGAGCUCAGGUGGAUCCUGUUUCCAUUGAUCAUCCUUGAGAUGUUUCUACAACUUGAUUGGAGUCCACCUGUGGUAAAUCCAAUUGAUUGGACAUUAUUUGGAAAGGCACACACCUGUCUAUAUAAGGUCCCACAGUUGACAGUGCAUGUCAGAGCAAAAACCAAGCCAUGAGGUCGAAGGAAUUGUCCGUAGAGCUCCGAGACAGGAUUGUGUCGAGGCACAGAUCUGGGGAAGGGUACCAAAACAUUUCUGCAGCAUUGAAGGUCCCCAAGAACACAGUGGCCUCCAUCAUUCUUAAAUGGAAGAGGUUUUGUUACCACCAAGACUCUUCCUAGAGCCGGCCGCCCGGCCAAACUGAACAAUCGGGGGAGAAGGACCUUGGUCAGGGAGGUGAACAAGAACCUGAUGGUCACUCUGACAGAGCUCCAGAGUUCCUCUGUAGAGAUGGGAGAACCUUCCAGAAGGACAACCCUCUCUGCAGCACUCCACCAAUCAGGCCUUUAUGGUAGAGUGGCCAGACGGAAGCCACUCCUCAGUAAAAGGCACAUGACAGCCCGCUUGGAGUUUGCCAAAAGGCACCUAAAGGACUCUCAGAACAUGAGAGACAAGAUUAUGUGGUCUGAUGAAACAAAGAUUGAACUCUUUGGCCUGAAUGCCAAGCGUGACGUCUGGAGGACACCUGGCACCAUCCCUACGGUGAAGCAUGGUGGUGGCAGCAUCAUGCUGUGGGGAUGUUUUUCAGGGGCAGGGACUGGGAGACUAGUCAGGAUCGAGGGAAAGAUGAAUGGAGCAAAGUACAGAGAGAUCCUUGAAGAAAACCUGCUCCAGAGCGCUAAGGACCUCAGAUUGGGCCGAAUGUUCAUCUUCCAACAGGACAACGACCCUAAACACACAGCCAAGACAACGCAGGAGUGGCUUUGGGACAAGUCUUUGAAUGUCCUUGAGUGGCCCAGCCAGAGCCCGUACUUGAACCCGAUCUAAUAUCUCUGGAGAGACCUGAAAAUAGCUGUGCAGCGACACUCCCCAUCUAACCUGACAGAGCUUGAGAGGAUCUGCAGAGAAGAAUAGGAGAAACUACCCAAAUACAGGCGUGCCAAGCUUGUAGUGUCAUACCCAAGAAGACUCGAGGUUGUAAUCGCUGCCAAAGAUGCUUCAACAAAGUACUGAAGAAAGGGUCUGAAUACUUAUGUAAAUGUAAUAUUUCAGUUUUUAAUUGUUAUAUAUUUGCAAAAAUUUCUACAAACCUGUUUUUGCUUUGUCAUUAUGGGGUUUUGUGUGUAGAUUGAUGAGGGGGGGAAAAAACUAUUUAAUCAAUUUUAGAAUAAGGCUGUAACUUAACAAAAUGUGGAAAAAGUGAAGGGGUCUGAAUACUUUACGAAUGCACUGUAUCUUCAAUGAUCACACCUUUGAUCACACGGGAUAGAAAUUAUGGAAAUUUCAGUUCAGUCAAUGUAUUUAUUUAUUUGUACCUUUAUUUUAUCAGGGAGUCAUACUGAGACCAAGGUCUAUUUUACAGAUGAGCCCUGAAUUACAUAAAUUACAAAAAAACACACAUCAAAAUAUAAAUACAAAAUGCAAGCAGAAAGAAAGAAAAACAAGGUCAUAAAAAACAAACACAUUCAUCAGUAAUAAGGUCCUCAAUCAGCUUUCUGAAUUGCCCUAGAGGCACCAAAACAUCAUAUUUAAGAACAUUUCAAAGAUUGUUCCACAAAUAAGGUGCAAGAAAACUAAAAGCUGAUUUACCUAACUCAGUAGAGACCAAAGGAAUUUGCAGAGUUAGCCAUCCCUGAGACCAGGUGUGGUAACUCGUAUGUCUAAAGUUUAGUAAUGAUGUUAGGUACAGUGGGACUUUUUGUAAAUGGGCUUUAUAAAUGAAAACAUAGUAAUGUAUCAACCUACUUGACAUCAAAGAGGGCCAACCAACUUUCUGGUAGAGAAGGCAGUGAUGAGUACUAAAAUUGUCGCCCGUAACAAAGCGCAGUGCGCUAUGAAAAACUCAAUCUAACGGCUGUAAUGAAGUGGCAGCUGCGUUCAUAUAGAUGAUGUCGCCAUAGUCUAGGACAGAUAGGAACGUCGACUAAAUAAUCUGCUUUCUACUAUAUAGCGAGAGGCUGGACCUAUUUCUAUAGAAUACGCUCAUUUUUAUUAUCAGCUUCUUAACUCAUCAAUAUGCUUUUAAUCUAUCCAGAUGGCCAGAUAUUUGUAAGCGCGGACACGAUCAAUAUGGACACCAUCCAAAGUACAUGUGCUUAAAUCACCAGACUUAUUUCUAUGCGCUUUAGAGAAAACAUAUUCUUAGUUUUAUCUGCAUUCAGUACUAAUUUCAUGUCAAUAAAGUUUUCCUGUAAUACAAUGAAGGCAUACUCUAGUUCAGAUAGAGCCUGGUCAACCGUGGGGGCAAUAACAUACACAACAGUAUCAUCAGCAUAGAAGUGCAGGUUACAUUUCUUCGAUAUUGUUAAUGUUAACAGUAAAAAGUACGACCCCUGCGGGGCACCUUUCGUAAUAUCCAGGAAACCUGAUUUAACACCAUCCGUAGACAUACAUUGAAUUAAAGUAAUUUUUAAACCAGUUACAUGCAACCUGGUCUAGGCCAAUUGCGGAAAGCCUCUGAAUUAGUAGUGAGUGAUCAACAGUAUCGAAAGUCUUUGACAGGUCAAUGAAGAAGGCAGCGUAAUGUUGCCUUCUAUCCAUACAGUUAACCACAUCAUUUAUAACUGGUGAUGUAGCAGAGAUAGUGCUAUGACCUGGUCUAAAACCAGACUGAUGUACAUUUAGAAUACAUUUUCAAAGAUACGAUCUUAGCUGAGAAUUAAUCAAAGAUUUAAAUAUUUUAGCUAGGCAAGAAAGUUUAGAAAUAGGUCUAUAAUAUAACGGUCAUCACCUUUGUGAAGGGGGAGUACAAGGGCCGCCUUCCAAACCAGUACCAGAUAUAAUUGUCAGGUUAAAAUAUGGGUUAAUUAUUCAGCAAUCAGAGGGGCAGAGAGCUGCAGCAAAAAUGUAUGAAGCAUAUCAGCUCCAGUGGAUUAUUUUUUACAUCAAUCUUAAGCAAGUUAUCUAGCACAUCACAGAUAGUAAAUUGUUGAAAUGAAAACAAAGAUUCACUAGAAGUUGAGGGGUUAACCGUCGAGUCAGCCAUAGGCUGGCAGAGAGAAGAGCAGUCGAUUGACUGACCAGGGUAAUGCAUAAUGGGAGUGCAAGUGUAUUGCCUAAUGUGAAAACAGUGUAAUGUACUGUAAUUUACAGUCCUGUACCAUACUACAUUCAAAGGGCAAUUUUGAAACGUAUCUUACGUUUGCUAUUGGAUUAACUGGUUGUUAAAAUAACUACAUUUAGAAGAAAUCAUUAUGUUGUGUUUUGGGGAUUAAACCAAUGUACUCAUUAUAUUUCACAGUAAACGUAUAUUUUGCAUCAAUGGUUGUGUGGUGAAAGAUGUCUUCAAGCUAAAUGACUACACAAUGAAAGGCUUUGAAACAUAUAAAACUGGCUGCGUUACAAGUGUUACCAGUUUUGUACUAAGAUUUUUGAAAAUUCCCCAAAGCGAUUUAAAAAAAACGGUAUACUGCAGCCUUCAAGCUGUACUAAUAUAUUAAAUCCAAUCACUGAUAACGCAGUUGUAAUAUUGAUUUUAAGAUGAAUGGUAUUAAUUGCAAUGCAACAGUCGCAUGCUGUAAUGACUGCUGCAGUUCAUCAUUCUACGUGUGUGCGUGAGUGCGUGCGUGUACAGGUACCUGCGUCUGUCUGAGAGCAACAUCAGCACUCUGCUCCAGCAGUGUAAGGACAGUGGCAUCGAUAUGGACAUCCAUCCUCAUAUGAAAGACUCUGACAUUGAUAUCAGCAAGCUAUUCAAGGGCUCCCCCCCCCUCCAUCCCUCA